ACUCGUAAGAGACAGAAGCCCGUCAGUGAGACAGAGAGUAGAGAAUGUUACAGGUCGCCUUUUCGGAAACCCUUGACUCAGUUGACCAAUAGGCCUCACUGCCUGGAUAGCAGUCAACAUGAGGCUUUUAUCCGCAGCAUUUUGUCCAAACCCUUCAAAGUCCCCAUUCCAAAUUAUAAAGGGCCACUGGGCUUGCGUGCACUGGGUAUCAAACGGGCAGGGCUGAGGAGUCCUCUCCAUGACCCUUUUGAGGAAGGAGCUCUGGUUUUGUACGAGCCCCCGCUGCUGAGUGCCCACGACCAGCUGAAAAUAGACAAGGACAAAGCACCUGUCCACGUUGUGGUGGAUCCUGUCCUCAGCCGUGUUUUACGGCCCCAUCAGAGAGAAGGAGUGAAAUUCCUCUGGGACUGUGUGACGAGCCGGCGGAUCCCCGGGAGUCAUGGCUGUAUCAUGGCAGACGAAAUGGGGCUGGGCAAAACCCUGCAGUGCAUCACACUCAUGUGGACGCUUCUCCGGCAAAGUCCGGACUGCAAGCCUGAAAUUGAGAAAGCCAUGGUGGUGUCUCCCUCCAGCCUGGUGAGAAACUGGUACAAUGAAGUAGAGAAAUGGCUGGGGGGAAGGAUCCAGCCGCUGGCCAUUGAUGGAGGCUCCAAAGAAGAGAUUGACCGUAAACUAGUUGGCUUUAUGAACCAGCGUGGCCUGCGAGUGCCUUCACCCAUUCUGAUCAUCUCCUAUGAGACCUUCCGACUCCAUGCUGAGGCAUUGCAGAAGGGCAGUGUUGGGCUGGUCAUAUGUGAUGAGGGCCAUAGACUGAAGAAUUCUGAAAACCAAACAUACCAGGCUCUCAACAGCUUAAAUACACCUCGACGAGUCCUUAUCUCGGGCACGCCCAUUCAGAAUGACCUGCUUGAAUAUUUCAGCCUGGUGCACUUUGUCAAUUCAGGCAUCCUAGGGACCGCACAGGAAUUUAAAAGGCAUUUUGAAAUUCCCAUCUUGAAAGGCAGAGAUGCGGACGCAAGUGAAGCUGAGCGACACAAAGGAGAAGAGAGGCUUAAAGAGCUGAUCAGCAUUGUGAACAGGUGA